UGUCACUGUCACACGUUUCGCGUACGUGCGUUUCGGAACGGACGGUCACAUUUUCGGGUCAUAUGACCGACGUUACGCGAGAAUUGACGUGCUGUUGUAGGCGUUGACUCGACUCGUUCUCUUCGUUCUCUUCUUCGUCGUCACAGCCCUCGAGGAACCUCUUCGCACGACUCCCCGAGAAGAAAACACAACCCAUCACCAUGGCACUCAGCGACGCGGAUGUCCAGAAGCAGAUCAAGCAUAUGAUGGCUUUCAUAGAACAAGAGGCCAAUGAAAAGGCAGAAGAAAUAGAUGCCAAAGCAGAAGAGGAAUUUAAUAUUGAAAAGGGACGUCUGGUGCAGCAACAGCGUCUUAAAAUCAUGGAGUAUUAUGAAAAAAAAGAAAAACAAGUUGAGCUGCAAAAGAAGAUACAAUCUUCAAACAUGCUUAACCAAGCUCGAUUAAAGGCUCUAAAAGUACGUGAAGAUCAUGUGCGCAAUGUUCUUGAUGAAGCUAGAAAGAGAUUAGGUGAAGUUACUCAUAACACUGCGCAAUAUAGCGAAGUGCUUCAGCUGUUGAUCAUCCAAGGCCUUUAUCAACUAACAGAAUCAAACAUUACUCUUCGUGUCCGUCAAAUCGAUCUCUCUCUCGUGGACUCUCUUCUUGACCCUGUUCAGCAACUGUAUAAGCAGAAAACCAAGAAGGAUGUUAUCUUGAAAAUUGAUUCUGAUAAUUUCUUACCUAGCGAAAGCUGUGGAGGUGUAGAAUUAUUAGCAUCCAGAGGGCGCAUAAAGAUCAGCAAUACUUUGGAAACCAGACUGGAGCUGAUAGCACAACAGUUAAUACCGGAGAUCCGUGGCGCUCUUUUUGGAUCUAAUCCGAAUCGUAAAUUUAACGAUUAAAUUAUUUUUUUCGGACAGUUAUAUUUGAGACUUUCCAAAACAUUCCCUUUUAACAGCAAAUUGUUAUCACAUUAUCAAAUAUUAUGUAGAAUAAAAUUAGUACAAUAUCUAACGAAAUUCUUUGUUUGAUAUUUUCGAUGAAAGUAUUUGAUGGAUUACUGUGCAAUAUUUAUCAUUGGAAUAGUCGUACACUGUACAUUACUCUUCAAAGAUGCCCUUUUAUUCUUUCAUCUUGAAUAUUCUUUAUUCUAACAGGUAAUCAUGAGCCUAAAAUGUGUAUAACGAUAUAUCAGUAUUUCAUUGUUAAGAAUUAAGAUAUAUCAUUUACCUGUUAAAAAUUGGUGUUCAUAAAUAAAACAAAGUGUACUUUGUCAGUUAGGAAUGUUAACGCGAGCGAAAUGUAUAUUAAUAAUAAUCGAUGUUCUUAAUUGUUUAUGCUGAAAUGAAUAGCAAUCACAAAACAAAUAUAAUACAGUUUAUUGUGCAGAAUCAUACAAACUAAAAUAUGAAAUGUGUUUUAUAAAUAUAUAAAUAUGUAUCAUAUUUAUAUAUCUAUGGAAGAGCAUAUCAAUAUGUUAUCAUGUAUAUUAUGUAUUAUAAAAUAAUAAUGUAUUAAUAUAUGAAUAGAUUAUUCGUUGUUGCUGUAUCAGAAUACCUUUGAAGAGUAGUUCUACAAAAAUAUAAUGUAAUGCAACAUUGAAUCGAUAUGUAUUUUAAGCUUGUGGCACACAGCAAAUAAUUGUACAUAAAUUUGUGUGUAUAUAAUUAUUCAAUAUUUUUAUUCGCUGCAAUCCUGUAUUCUUUGAAGUUAUAUAUUCUUAAACUUAGAUGCAUAUACUCUUGCAAAACUAGGAGAUGCCAUGUUUCGUAUUAUCUUAUAUAGACGAUAUCUUGCAGCAUGUGCACAAAUAAAUAAAUAAAGAUAUCUUGAAAUUUGCUUGGAAAA